AGAGGACAAACCACGUACAUCACCAACUUGGUGGUAUCAAAAACUCCGGACAUCCAAAGCAUGGCUGGAAGACGUACAUAUAGAUGCUUGGAUGAAUGUGCUGAGGCAGAGGUAUAAGGAGAACCCACAAUGUUUCCGGAGCGAGCGAAUGUGCUUCCUGGAUCACAACUUUACCCAGUCUUGGAGAGAACAGUAUCUGUUCUUCAAAGCAUCGUCGUCUGAUCACAAUGGUUUAGGAAAAAUGCUACCUAGUGGGGCGGCGAGUUUGUAUGAUGGAUCAAUGCCUUCAUUUUGCCAAUCAAACAAGAAGUGGGGGGAGGACAUUGAUGAUAUCUAUGCGCCACUGAACUUGGACAACAAACAUUGGGUGGCUAUUUGGAUAUCGAUCCCUAAGAGGCACAUAGUCGUCUGGGACAGCAUACCUUCAACUACCAUACCAGAAAGAUGGGAUGAGAUAAUGGAGCCUUUUCUCGAGAUGGUCCCUUAUCUGAUUGUGGAGUGCGGAGACCAGAUGCAUGGGUUGGAGCGAUACACAUAUGAGAGACUGCUGAAAGAUGUACCCACGGCCAACAAUGGUGAUUGUGGCGUGUACGCUGCAAAGUACAUUGAAUGUCAUGCUCUUGGGGUCUCCUUUAGCCUUAAAGACUUUGCUAGGUCCAAUGCGAAGACUAUGAGGGAUAAUAUGGCUUUGGUUAUAUGGACGGAGCUUGUUGAUCAGCAUCUGAAAGAUAAUGAGGAUGGUGGUAUGUUUGUGGGCAUGUAUGAUUAGAUACACAAAUCUAACUUGUAUAGAUUUUUUAACUUGUAUAGAUUUUUUAACUUGUAUAGAUUUUUUAACUUGUAUAGAUACACAAAUCAAUUUGUAUAUUUGAACUAUUUGUAUACACAAAUCUAUUUGUAUAUUUGAACUAUUUGUUUACACAAAUCUAUUUGUAUGUUUGUGGGCAUGUAUGAUUUAUUUGAUUUUCUAACUUGUAUAGAUUUUCUAACUUACAAAUAAGUCGUCUGGAAGGUUUUCCAGCUGGACGACUUACAAAUAAGUCGUCUGGAAGG